AUGAGGAACAUCAAAACAGAAAUUAUCAACACAGCGAAGCAAAUCGGCGAUUUAGUCGACUGCCUCGUCUUGUGCCAUGCAUCGCCCAAGCCGUACGAGCCAAUCAUGUAUAUCGAUCUCGAAGGCGUAAACCUCUGCCGUGAGGGUUCACUUUCCAUCCUUACCCUUCUGAUCGAUACAGGAAUCCCGAGCAUAAGCGUCUAUCUUAUCGAUGUGCAUUUGCUAGGUUCACAAGCUUUCAACACUACUGGCAUCAAAAGGAGGACGCUAAAGGAAAUUCUUCAAGACGAAAACAUCUCAAAGGUCUUUUUCGACGUUCGUAACGAUUCGGAUGCCUUAUUUGCACAUUUUGGCGUGGCACUACAAGGAGUGGAAGAUCUUCAACUUAUGGAGAGCGCUAUGAGAACCACCACCAGAUCCAGAAAGUUUUUGAACGGCCUAGCCAAAUGUAUUGAGCAAAGUGGGCUAGAUUACAGCGACCUAACGAGCUGGAAGCUGGCAAAGGAGAAAGGGGGGCGGUUGUUCAAGGCCGAAAGUGGCGGUUCCUACAAGGUCUUCGAACAGCGCCCAAUUCCCAGCGAAAUCAUCUCUUAUUGUGCUGGGGAUGUCCAAUACCUCCCUAAGAUGUGGAGCAAAUUCCGGUCGAAUACCAAUAGGUGGCGAGAUCUGGUUAAUAAAGAAACCAAGAAGCGGGUCGAGGCAUCUCAGAAACCGGAGUACCAGCCCCAAGGCCCAGAUAGAACGCUAGCACCGUGGAGCAAAGACCAGAAUAGGGAUUUGGAUGAGUGGAAUUACGUCCCUCCUCCUCGUGACUACUUCGAUGAAAACGACGAUGGAGAUCUCAAUGAAGGCUACGGUUGGAAUGACGACGAACCGACCGGCUGUUGGGACAUUAUCGACAGUUGUGACUACGACUAUUACUAUUCCGACUAA